AUGAAAGCAUGUCCUGAGUUUAUGAAGAGCGAUAUGGCCACCUCCAGCGUGUCACUAGGUUUAGCCCCGGCGACACUGGCCGUGCUCGGGUCCAACAUUGACCAAAUCUCUCUCCUGCCGGCGGUCGGGAAAUGUGCAUUUCUCGCGAUCAUGCUAGCCGCCGGCUCACCUGCUGUUGCCCCUUUGCGACCGGUUGAACGUCGCAACCCGCUUGAGGCUCUUGAACUUUCUGAAGACGACCAUGAUGGGCUUAUGCCUACUUUGUUCUCGUCACACUUGAUUGCGAUAAUUGAUUAUGGCUUUGUUUUGGCGACUAGCUAUGAGUUAUAG